AUCGAUACCCGGUAAUUACCAUCACAACACAAAUUGUUUUUACAGCUGCACUGCCAAUUUAAAUCAAAAUACAUUUGGACGUUAUUAAAGUAGAAUGGCUACUCAUCGCGAUCCAAGCUCAACGGGCUACAACAUUGCCCGAGAUCCCAAUUUGGUAAAGAAUCGAAUCUUUAUUGGAAAUCUGCCCAUUUGUACACGAGAGGAGCUGGAAAGCAUCUGCCAUCCAUAUGGAAAAGUGUUGGGAUCGUUGGUGCAAAAAAACUUUGGUUUUGUGCAGUUCGAAAACGAAGAAAUUGCCAAUAAAUGUGCGGCUGCUUUAAAUAAAUCUACAUUCAAGUCAAAGGCGCUAACAGUGCGAAAUGCGAGCAUCAAACCGAAAGCGAUCAAUGCAAAUGCAAAGAAGAUGAAUAUAAACGCACAGAUUCAAGGCGGUAUUCCAAUGGCCGUGCAGGGCGGGAUUGUUAUGUCCGCCGCUGCUGCUGCUACCGUUGUGCCCAUUAAUGACUGCGAAAUAAUUGUGGUGAAUCGUGAGAAUACAAAGUACGCAGAGUUCAUUGAAGACCGCUUGAGAAAGGCUGGCAUGCGAGUAGAUGUGCUCUUUCCCAAUGAGGAUGUUAUGCUGAGUCAAGUGCUCAGCAAUAUAUCAGCACGCGGUUGUCUCUACGCCGUGCUGGUGACCCCACAGCAUGAAGCUCUAAAUAGCAUUACAGUCAAUAUAUUAUAUGGAGUGCCCGCCGAACAUCGCAAUAUGCCAUUGGAUGAUGCCAUCGCACUCAUUGCCACUGACUUCCGAUCGAAGAAGCAACGAGACGCGUUAAACGCUUCCCAGCUGCACCCCAACCAGAGCAGACAUCCAGAUCCAAUGCAGCAAUUAAUCGAUAUGCUCGCGGACAACCGACAGUUGACGGGUUUGCAAUAUGAAUGCAUAAUCAAAUAUUUAGAGGAGCAGCGGGAGCAACAGUUAAAGUUGGAGUUGGGCGAAGCAAAUGCCUUGGCCAAGCUGCAAGCGCCCGAUCCAGAAAUGGAGCUGCAAAAGAGGAUUCUCAGUGUUAUGAAUAAGCCAUCCGUGACAGAGAUCAGCUGUGAAAUUAUGUAUCCCACAUUUGAAGUAGCUAGAGCAGAUAACCGUCUGAUGGAAUUGCUGAAGGAUUCGAGGGUUAUGUCAGCGUUGGAAAGCCUUUACAAUUCGGAUCUGACGGAGACAGUGUCUCAAUACUUAUAGAACGUAACACUUUAUUAUUAAUUAUAAUCAGCAAAUAGAAUUAACAAAUUAAACUAAGGCCAUGACCGCUUUGCCUCA